AUGCUCUCACUCCCAUUCAUCGCUCCGCAGGAUUCCCAUGAACUCUGGUUCGGCCCUUCGAAUCCCCAUCGUCCCUCCUCUCAACAGCUAUCUGGCCCCGAAUCAAACCCUCUUCAACAACCACAUCCUCCGCCUCACCGUCGCAAUCAUGCCUCCCAGACCACCCACCAACGAAAUCACCGCAGUGCCUUUCUCCCUCCCCGCACCGCAGAUCUAAGCCUCUCGGCUCUGCAGGCCGAGGAGCGCAAUCUGCGCGCCCGCAAAAACACCAUCGCCUGCUUUGGAUCCUCAUGGAUCCGCCCCGCCGGGUGUGCCAAGACCAUGCUCGGCAUGAAAGAGGAGGAGGCCGAGCGGGAAGAGGCGCUUGCCGCACUGGCGGCGGAGCAAGAAGCGGCGGCGUUGGCGGCGGCGACGGCCGCGGCGGGGGGUAUGGAUGCGGAUGAAUUGGGAUUGACGAUGGGGGAGGAGGGAGAGGAGCGGGACUUGGAUGCGGAGAUUCCGGAUGCGGAUGAAGAAGGGUUGGUGGAGGAAGGUGAGGAAGGGUUCGAGGAAGAUGGGAGCUAUAUGGAGAGGGAUUUGGAUGAUGAGAUUCCGGAGGGAUAUCCAGGGGAAGAUGAGGAGGAGGAUGGGUAUGCGGAUACGUCGGGGUUAUAUGCCGAGGAGGUCGAGGAGGAUUUUGAUCAACAGCCUGAUCUCGACGCGGAUGUGCCCGAGGCGGAAGGAGGGAGUGCAUUGGAUGAUUAUGAGGACGAGGAGGAGAAUGAAGACGGACAAGAUGCAAAUCUCACUCGUGAUCUGGACGAUGACAUUCCCGACGCAGAUCAAUCGGGAGAAUGGCAGCACACUGACACCGAGGACGAGUUCGACGAAGACGAAGAGAAUCACGAACAGAGUCUGGUGUCGAUCCCGGGAAACGUGUUUCGACAACGCAUGGACAACUGCCGCACCAGCACCAGCACGCCAAAUAGUCGGGGCCUGCCCACUCCGCCCUUGAUGCGUCGUCCGCGGCCCAGCGGAUCCGGUGAAACCGAGGCCCAGCGCCGAUUUAUCAAUCGCUGGAGUGGUGGAGGCGAUGCCCUGGACUCGAGCAGUAUGCUCUACGAAGAGGAUGAUCUGCGGGCCUCGAUCACCAGCCAGGGAAGUCGGCGAAAUGGUCUGGCGCGACGGUAUCCUCGUCGUGUCGGUGGUCCUCGGGAUAGUCUUGACUAA